CCGCUAUUGUUGCCGCGAAGAUGUAGCAAACCUUGGAGCUGGCUUUUUUUUUUUUUUCGUCCCUCCUCUUGUUUAGAAUCUUCCCCCACCCCUUCCCUGUCCUCUUCCCCCCCUCCCCUCCCCUCUCUCUAUUUUUUGGGGGCUGGGGAACUGCGGUGACACCCUCUCCGAAGCAAGGCUGGCAGAGAGGAGGGGAAGCGGCUCCUGCUAAGAGUCCACCAUUUCCAUCAGGGGUGCAGAAUGGGGUCUGUUUCUAACCAGCAGUUUGCAGGUGGCUGCGCCAAGGCGGGCGAGGAAGAGCCCAGCGGCGACUCGCCCAGGCCGGACGAGGAAAGCCAACCGCUGUUGCAUGGCGCCGGGAUCUGUAAAUGGUUCAACGUGCGGAUGGGCUUCGGCUUCCUCUCCAUGACCACCAAGGAAGGCAUCGCCCUCGAUUCCCCCGUGGACGUUUUCGUGCAUCAGAGCAAGCUCCACAUGGAAGGUUUCCGCAGCUUGAAAGAAGGAGAAGCAGUCGAAUUCACUUUCAAGAAAUCCUCUAAAGGUUUGGAGUCCAUCCGAGUCACUGGCCCUGGAGGAGUUUUCUGCAUUGGCAGCGAAAGGAGACCGAAGGGAAAAAGCCUUCAGAAACGCAGGUCGAAAGGAGAUCGAUGCUACAACUGUGGUGGCCUGGAUCAUCAUGCCAAAGAAUGCAAGCUCCCUCCUCAGCCUAAGAAAUGCCACUUCUGCCAAAGCAUCGCCCACAUGGUGGCCAACUGCCCGAUCAAAACGCAGCAGUCGCCCAGUUCUCAGGGAAAACCCACAUACUUCCGGGAGGAGGAAGAAAUGCACAGCUCACCCUUUCUUCCCGAAACCAGGGAAUGAUCUCUGGAAAUCCGUAGGAAAUCUGCCCAGUUGACCGGCUUCAGGGCAUCAAGUCAGCCAAAAUGGGAGCAGAGAACAGCAUGGGCUCCAAGCUAUGGGUGAACAAGCACUGGGCAGGAGAGCAGCAGCUUUUAUCUUUAGCAAAGGCAAAAACUUGAGUGGAAGUGGGGGGGGGACCCUUUUUCUCCUUUUAGUGGGUGUGGAAUCUGAGGAAUCAAGAUCAAGAAAAUGCAAAAAGUUAUGGAUCUCAGGAUGCGUUUGUACUUGAGUUAAGUGUGUUUGUGUGUGUGUCUGUCUGUGUGUCUGUCUGUGUGUGUGUGUGUGUGUAUGUCAUUUCCACACAUCGACAAGAGCAUUGGAAUACAAAUAAGAUAACUGGCAGGGCCCCCUCUCUAAGACAAUCUGAGGCUCAAGGAAAUCCCACCUUAGAAGUCUGUAGUGAAACCGACUCCCCAAACUGCCUGCUCCCUGCUCUCUUAACAGAAAAUAACUAAAUCCCCUCCUUUUUCAUAUCUGACCUGGGAUUCUUUUGUUGUUGGGGAAAAGUAAGAGCCACAUGCUUUUAGAUGUUUAUGGGACCUGAAGGAGCAUUGGCAGGCGCAGGAGUCCAAUUUCUGCCAAAACAAACCUGAAGGAUUAGAUCUGUUUACUGUAGCUACUGUGCCAUGCAGUAAUAUAGCCAUGCUCCUUCCUGCAUGUGCUUGUUUGGCUAAUUCAGAUGUUUAACACACUCUCUCACACACACACACACACACUACAAACACAUAGACACAGAAAUGCAAAUUUGGCAUAUAUCAAAUAUUGCCAUCCAUGCGACCUACAUAUUUUUCAUUCUCUAAAUAGAGUACAAGGCUUCUAAGUUUAAAGAUGUGUUUACUUUGUCCAGCCCACUCAUCAGAUAAAAACCGCUGCUCCUUUGCCCAGUUUAACUUCUGUAGCUCUGCCUUUAAUUUAUUUUGUUCCCGCGGACAGCUGGACUUGCCGUGUGAAAAGCCGGAGGGAGGGUGGGUGGACCCUCUCUGCUCUGAAGCCGUGAUGUGAAAAUCUGCACUACGAUGUGCGUGAAUGACGUAUCUUUGGGUUUGUUUAUUUUGUUAUUUUGCUUUUCCUUGGGGGGAGGGGAGGGGAAAUGUUCCCUUGUUUUAAAAGUAUAAAUAUUCCGUUUUGUAUUUUUGUAUAUUUUAAACUUUUAAGAGGAAAAAAAAAAGGAAGGAAAAAAAAAAACAACGACACGAUUCUGCAAUUUAUUCUCAGGUAUUCUCACACAUCUCAGGGAUGGAAGAAUCUUGGCAGCUCUGGGGCUGAAUGGAUCAACGUUUAACAGCACAAAGAAUAAGAAAGCCUCUGUUUAAAAUUUUUUUUUUUUAGCUUUAACAAUCUCUGUGUGUGAUGAGUGCGUUGAUGUUUCUAAAUGCUGUAUUUUAGUAGAUUUCUUCUUUUCCCUUUUUUUGGAUAUAAGUGAAGGUAAAAGGAUUUGUGGCACAGUUCAGAGGAAAGUCUCCACGUAGAGAUACUUCUGCGGGGCUUCCCCCCAAAGUUGCAUCAGCUAAAGGCUUCUCCGAGGACUGCCCGUGGACCAACAAGCCAAAGGGAAGGAUAGCCCUCAGCUGUGCAUAAUAUUGGUGAUGCAAUUUAUACCCUAGGAUAGUUUUGGUGCCUGAUAGGAUCUCCUCCUCUGCUCCACCUAUCCUUGAGCCUUUUGACAUUGACCAUUUCUGCAUCUCAUCUCUAGCAGAAUUCCUUGUUCAUGCAUUUUAGAGUCAAGACCCAUAAGAUCCUUUACCUGUCAGUUUGAUGUAAUGUUCAGAUUCUGAAAGUCUAAGAAGCUGGGAUAGGAAAGGGGAGAAUCUGCAAAUUGGUCAGAAAACUUUGACACCUCUUGAAAGUAGAGAAAUGUACUUGCUGUGUCAGGCACAUCAGCAGACACUUCCACUCAUCCAGGUCAGGAUGUCUUAUAUUCCAAGCCCCAUGAAUUAUUUGAGAUAGACAAAAAAAAAUAAAAAUAAAAUCCAUCUCUCCUUUCCAUAUUUUUGUCAGGAAAAGAAAAGAGAAAUUAUAUUUCAUUUGCUGCCUUCUCACUCUUGCCCCAAACCCAUAGUUUAAGGAUGUCAUUUCACUCUGCUGAAUAGUAGGACUUGCCUGCUGGAGGUGAUAUUGCAAGCAGGACGGGAGCUGCAAAGAUGGAGAGUUAGGUUGGUUAGGCAGCAAGUGAGAGCAUGUAAUACUGCAGAUGUUGAUAAAUCAUAGCUGUAUUAGCUAUGCUGGCUGGGACACUGAAUUGUAUUUUGGAGCACCCAAGUUCCCAGUUUUCUUCUCUGCUCAUCUUAGGAAGUUGUGUAGGAUCUGCUGUUUGAUAUCAAAGUAAAUAGUUUUCUUGCAGCUACUAAGGUGUGAAUUUAGUACGCAGCACUCUUAAAAACAUUUAAGUGGAGCAGCGAAAACUAAAGGUGUUUUGGGGAUUUACAGAACUGAGCAAUACAAUUCAAGAGAUGCCGAACAACUUAAAAACUUCCAUAUAAUUCCUCCCCCUGACUCACCCAUCACAGAAAUCAUGGCAGUGACAUGGUGAGAAAUAUGCAGGUGGUUAAUUUUGAUAACGUUGCUGUGAAGAAACUACUGUAUCUACCUCAGGAUCAUUUUUGAUGACAAUAGGCAUCAAAUACAAUAGAACCCAUUAGGGAAGUUACUUUGCUCUAGAUUGGUCAAAGAACGAAUGCUUCCCUAGGCCGUGCCCAAAAUUUAGAUUGUGGCACCUUGUAGUUUUGUAUCUGCUUUUUAUUAAGAAGAAAAGGAAGGCGAAGUGACACUUGUUCCUCUUUCUAGAUGUUUAGUCUGUGUAAAUAUCUCAUGUAAAGUUGUCCGAUUUCUUCCCAAUUUCUUCUUGGAUUAUUGUUUACAAACUUAAGAAAAAUAGCCAAAGCAGGGGGUUGUAUUUGCACCAGAGAAAUGGGGGUAGGAUUCCCUCUUUGUACUUUAUUGCAAUUCUGCCAAGUGAGAGCUGGUGAAGCCCCCUCUCCCCAUCUCUCUUGUAACUGCUGAGAUCGUUGGAUUUCUGGAUAACGGUGAUUUAUCUGUAAGAGCAAUGAAUAGAAUGGAAAAAUCAUGUUUUGAAACUCAUUGUAGUGAGGUUGGAUAGCAUUGGCGGUAACUUUUCGUUGCUCUUUUUUCAAAAAAUGGGAAGGUGUGAGAUUUUGGACGUUGAAAGAAAUGUCUUUGGCUUGGUCUUCUUACAAAUAAAUUGCUGUCUGGCACAAGGAAUGAGAAUACAAUUUGGAGAGUGGUGGACACUAUGCAUAAAGAGUAAAUGUGUGAAUGGCAGGCAGGGUAAAGCCAUGUCCGCGCUCAGGGUCAUUGUGGUGUGAGGGAAUUUGAAUGUACUAGGGCUUGGGUAGGUGGGUGGGUGGGUAACCAUUUCUUGCAUGGCUCUAUGUUUGUGUCCUGCAAGACAAAACGAAUGUAACUCCAUGUUUACUGCUAGUAACCAAAGCUUGUUUUGUGUUAAACUCUUGAAUUUUAAUUAAGUGGAUAGGUGGGUGGGAGGGAAGGGGUGGCAAUAACAUGGCGAUUGUUGGGUUCUUUUGGGGGGGGAAUGUCUUAGCUGCAGGACUUUGUCCAAAUAAGCAGCUUUCCUGCUGAUUUAUGUCUUGCAGUGACAUCGGAAAUCCCCAACACUGCAUCUUUCUCUCUCCCCGUUCCCAUUUUUAUACCAAUUAUGGAAAAUGUUGGAAAUGAAUAAAGUUGAUGGAUAACCAUG